GGGAGGCGGACCGUGGGUCCGGUCAGGGUGCGUGGCCGCUGCGCCUUUAUUUCCCCAGGCAGGUAAACACGGGCGGUUGGCAGCGGCUGGUCGGAGCGGGUCCGGGCGCUGAACUCAACUGAGGGAGAAGUCUUGCGGCCAGAUCGCGCCAUCUCUGUCCGUCCUCACACAAUGACCGCUGUGCAGCUCAUCAACAUUGAGCGGUUGAUCGAGGCCGCGCACUACUUGGAGCGGCGGGAGCGAGAGGCUGAACAUGGGUAUGCAGCACUCCUGCCCUACAGAAGCGAGGAUUCUGGCAGCAAAAGGAAAAGCAAAAGCAAGAAGAGUGCGGGGAGCAGAUCAACGCAUAACGAAAUGGAAAAAAACAGACGGGCCCAUCUGCGACUUUGCUUGGAACGCUUGAAAGAAUUGGUGCCAGUGGGAUCAGAGAGUACAAGACACACCACACUCAGUUUACUUAUGAAAGCCAAAUUACAUAUUAAGACACUUGAAGAAGGUGACAGGAGGGCUCUCCACCAGAUUGACCAGCUACAACGGGAGCAGCGUCAUUUGAAGCGGCAGCUGGAACUGCUUAAUAUUGAGAGGACGCGAAUGGAUAGCAUAGGAUCAACUGUUUCUUCAGAGAGAUCAGAUUCUGAUCAAGAAGAAAUCGAUGUGGAUGUGGAAAGCACUGAAUACAUAUCAAGGGACCUGGAUUGGAGCAAUAGCAGUGUGAGUGACUCUGAUGAACAGAUCAGUGUGAAGAGCAGCUGCAGUGACGAAGGGUACUUCAGUACUGGCAUCAAGAGAAUGAAACUUCUCCCAGCUCCUCACAAAACUCUUGCCAGCCUAUAAGGAAAACCGGUCCAGUCGGAUACUACUUUCAUAUGAUGAGUUACUGCUCCAUGGUUGGACUUAGUGUUCUGUAGCACAACAUGUCUUUUUCUCUCCUAUUCAUCAUGUUUUAUUGUCUCCUGGUACUUCAGAUUUCCCCUGAAGAACCUACAGAUCACUUUAAGAAAGUAGGGAAGGUUUGGAGAGGGAAAGGACUGAAGGCACGUUUCAUAUAUUCGCUGGUGUAGCUUUUCUGUUAUGUGCUUACUCUUGCACACCCGUUUUCACCUCUUAAAUUGUUCCAUCUUCCUCUCCACUCCCACUGUAUUUUAAAGCACUUGGAAUGCUUGCAUCCUUGGACUGGAAAGAGAGCUAUUAAAUAGCCACAUGUGUGCCACACAGGCAACUGCACCACACUGCAUGUUAGCCUGCAAAGAAAUUUUGCCCAAGGGUGCUGAGUAAUGACUCAGCCUGACACUUGUUAUGUAUGAUUGUAUUUUCAAGUUUGUGAUCUGAGAGCUUACCUCAGGUUUUCAACAAAUUGAACAUAACUUGUUAGAGCAAACAUAUAUCCACUUUUAUGUCUUAAUAUGUUAAUUAAUAUGGAAUCGGUAAUGGUGAAUUUCGAUUUGAUUAGAUUGGAUUCGUUAGAUAUUCCACCUUCCCGAUACCAUAUUCCCCAAUCAUUUCCAUACUGGGUGCACUCCAUGUAAUCACUCUUGCUUGAGAUAGCCCACAAGAUUACUCUUCAAAAACUGGAACAGAAGUGAAAACCCUGUCUGAAGAUUUAUUUUAUAAAUAUUUAACCAUCAAAUUUGAUUGAACACCUGCAUUUUUCGGGUGGUUUGUUUGAAUUCACUGAGAAUUCUCGCGCAAAAGCAAAAUUCUGGGGAUGUUGGAAAUACUUGAAAGGUCUGGUAGCCUCUUCAGGGAGAGAGACAGUGGUGGUCUGAACGAUUAACUCCUUCUUUCCCACCACUGAUACUGCCAUAAGUCUUGAAUAUUUCCAGCAUGUGCAUUUUUCAUGUGCAUAUUUUGCAUGAGAAAUUUUCAUGGGUCACCUGUGUUCUAAGAUCACUAAGGGUUUUGAAAAUAAUGCUACAAUCAAAUUCUAUGGUCACUAUAAAUCUUAAACACUUUAAUUUCUCAGAUGCAAGGUCUUCAUGUUUUGUGCCUUCUGAGGUCUGUGACUGUUUGCGGUCUAUUUAGUUUCUCUCCCAUAUUGUUGUGAGAAGCCAUUUUCCAAGCAGCUCACAUUGAAUUUAUCCUUGAAAUUUGGCGGGAGACACUCAUGUUUCCACAUGGUAGAAUAGCCCAAGGGUGAGAAGGAUAAAUAGCAGAGUACUGGAUAGUUGGAAUUAGAACCCAUUUGCCUGGGCUACAGUCCAAGGUCAUUGGCAUGUUAUAUGUGCCUCCUGAAACAUCUACAUGGUAAACCCCAGAGUCCCUGCUUGCUUUUUAUUUCUAAUGAGCAGUCUUGAAUCAUGAGCCUUGACCUGACAUUUCUCUCAAAUACCAGCAGACUUGACCCAUUUCCAUCCCUGCUACCAUGCUGGAAAGGUAACAGCAGCUUGUUGGAUGCACAAACAACUGGUAUUAAAUGGAAGUGCUCAUGCAGUACAACUGAUUCAUUGAGUCAGAAGUUCAAGUCAAUGCAGUCCACAGUGACAAAUACCCCUGUGAAAGUCAGCAGAUGCACUUGAUGUUGGCCACGGAUUUUGGUGAGCCAAACAUUUCCAUUUGUCUUAGGAAGUUGAGGCAUCCUUGGUUUUUGAUACUUUUCAAAGCUUAUUUUAAUCUACUUUUAUUCAUUACUGUUUUAUAUUUGGAUUAUGUCCUUGCCCAAUGCACAUUGCUUGAUCCCUUUUACUGUUUGAAAAUAAUACUUGUAUUCUAGAUGUUCAAUUUCUCAGAUGUACUUGCAAUAUGAAACCUAAUCCUUUGCUCACUAUUCAGUGAGAAAGGUGAAAGGCCCGUUGAUGCAUUACUGAAAUUGUAUGUAUUAUUUUUGCACUCCUUAAAUGAUAAUCUGAAUUUAAAGACCUGUCCAUAGCAGUUCUAGUGCAGUUUCUAGCUAUUAAUCAUAAUUGUACGGCAAAAUAAGCUCUAAGUUCAAAAAAGAAGAUAAUUGGUACAAAGGUUUGGUGUGGUUUUAAAGAAACUUUGCCCUUUCACACACCUAAGACGGGGGCAGUAAUUUUUCUUAGUGGCAGGCCACUUUUACCCAUGUGUUGCUUAUGGCAACAGUUCAAUUAUUAACACUUUGUGACAGUUGCACAAAAAUACAAAUGGGUGUCUUCGAGACCACCUGCUUAUAGCAACCAGCAAACAUCUGUUACAACUAUGAAUUAAUGAUUCUCUCUUCAACCUGUAUCAGGAAAUUUCUUUUCUGGACAACGAAAGUCAGUCCAGGAAGGCAGCUGAACAAAGUGUCUUGACUGCAACUCUGUAACCUUAGCUGGAUCUUCAUAGGAAUGGCAUCAGUGUUAAGUUCAAACCCUUGUGUUUCUAACUUCUUGUAUCUGGUGCCAGAUGGGAGGUUCCCCUGUACUAGUCUUGAGGGUUCAGUAUGAUGCUGUACAUACUAGGCCAAACUCACUGGGUGAAAGACCACCUCCAGGAGGUGGUCAUAGAUCUGUUUUAGAGUUCUGGCUACAGUAAAACUGUAGCCCUAUCAAAGCCUGCCUGUUGUUUUAGUUAUUUCCCCCCUCCCUUUUUAUAAUGCUCUUCGCAAUUAGUAAAUGCAUCCAAAGUUGGUGAAUUACAACUCGCUUAUGGAGCUCUUUCACUUCUCAACACUUAUCGUGUCUCUCUCAAUCUGCAUCUUCCCCUGAAAUCCCCCCCCCCCUCCUGUUCACCCCAGUCAUGACACAGGAACUAACUUUUCCUGCACUUGUACCUGAAUAUUGCCAGCACUGAACGGAAGUGUAGCACUGACUCCAGCAGUUUCAGUGUCUUGCCCUGCUUUUUAUUUAAAAAAAAGGUGAGAAAACAGCUCUGUAGCAUCAAUAGCUCAGCGUAUUGCACACAUUCACAGUUUUACUGCAUAAAUUGAUGAGAGGAACCAUAUAGCAGACACAAAAACUCAGUCCAGAGGUGUGUUUGCUGUUAGCAUCAGUAUAAAUUCAGUUUGUAGACAGAAAUUUGGUACUUUUUUUUUCCUGCACGGUGGGUUUCUGAUGAAUGCUGAGCAUUCAACACAUUGAACCAAUAUGUCACUCUGCUGAGCAGAGAGAACACAUGAAGUUUUGUUUAGAAAUUCUCAUUUCCAGCUGUACUUCUCACUUAAAUUUGAUUUCUAAUUGCGUAUAGGAUGCACCAACUCUUCUCCCACAUUUGCACUAAUCUUUUUCACUAAUGAUGGGCAUACAAGGAUUUUUUUACAACCAGAAAUUGCAGAAUGUUCCCAUUUAACAUUGUGAGAUUUAAAUUAAUAAUUAAGGUUCAUCAUUUUACAGUUGUUAUUGGGCUUAUUGACACCAAUAUGCUACAAGACAAAUUCUUACCUAAAGCACGGUCUAGUUGAACAUGCAGUACCCUCCAAUAACUUGCACUUGAAGUUGUUUUCCCACCACUACCCUUGGCAUUUGCCCUGUAGCCAGCAGCACACCAGAGGUGAAAACAUGUUUAAACCUCAAGCAGGGUCUUCAGUUGUAGAGCUGGGUGCUAAGGAUGCCUACAGUGCACUACACUUACCUCCCUGGUGAUAAGAUAAUGACCUGAUACGUAACCACAAUGAUGCAAUGAAUUUUCAAUAUGUUCUCAACCAAAAUGCAGUAUAAAACAAAAUUUGAAGAGUGUCAGUAAGCCUGUUAAUGGGUGAGGGGUGGAUUAAUGCCUGGUUUAUGCAGAUUGUAAUUUAAAAAGUGUCAUUGCAGUGUGUCUUUCCUCUCACCAAAGUAUCUCUUCUCUUUUCCGCUGUUGUGCAAAUGAGAGAACCUCGUUGGGGGGGAGGGGGGGCCUGACUGCCUUGUUUCUGAAUUGAGCACUUUUGGAAAUGCAGUACAAACACCUUGGAGCAUUUGUUUGUGAGGAAUAUAUUGGACAUGCACCAUUUCAGGAUGGUGAAAUUGUGCCUUCUCCUCUGGCGUUUUAAUGACAUUUGUGCACUUCCGUCCUCCGGAUUCUGUAGAUUUAAACUGGACGGUGAACUUGUUUUGUGUGGCUCAAUUUGCUGUCCUUUUUUUGUACUAAACUCCCAGCUUUGACACUGACUGUACCUGAUAGUAGACCUGACCUUGCUUGGUUAGAUUGGAAUAUGGCUGAGUUAUUAACUAAUAGUUUUCUUCAAUGGUGGAGCAGUGUCAGCACUGGCUGAGACCUGCUUUGUUAAAAGCUUUCUACAUGCUGUGGUUACUGUGCAGUCUGGGACUUAACGCCACAAUCCUUGUAUGUCCUUUGGCACUUCAUUUCUGUGGGUCCAUGUGAAUGUUCUAGUAUGUCUUCCAUAGUGUGCACAAGUUGGGAGGGUUGGGUGGGAAGCAGGACACAGUAAGCCCAAUUAAAGUCCAACAUAGAGGAAAAACGUAUGCAAUUGAGUCCCUGUUGACCAGACAUUAUUUUUUCCAAUUAAAUUUCUGUGCCAGAUUGUGAUUAUAGACCCUACCUCUGAUUGUAACCAGCUGCCAGUGAUGAUUUGUGAAUCAAUAAUAACUCCUGUGUAACUAAGUUCAAAAAGUGGUGAGGAGCAGCAGCUCCACGUGGAUUCAAUAUAUUUCAUAAAACAUUUUUUUUAUAUAAGUUUAAGAAAUGGGGCCUUGUUCCCAUAACACUUGGUGUUAUCACAGAAAAUCAAAGCAUUUGGAAUUGGUCCUGUUGGGUAAUCGUAAAGCAAAACUUGGUUUUGGGUAGCCUUUGCGUAGACUUGUAGACCACUUUAUCCAGGAGAGUGUGGAAAGGAAUAGAUUGUUGGCACUGGGAAUGUGUUAAGUGCCUCCAGAAACUCCCUGGUAGUAUUGGCACGGGCACAGGUUGCUUCUGCAGAUCUAGUUUUUAAGAUCUUUUGAUCUAUUAUAUACCUGACAACCUGGUAAACUGUUUGAAUUAUUUUAAUGUUGCCUUUGGUAUGGAGUUUCUCCAUUUCUUACAAACUUUUUUUUAGCCAUUCAAAGCCUACACAUUUGAAGAAUGCUUGUAGUUGUGUGCAGGAGAGGUACAUUAAGGAUGUGUAUUUGGAUGAGCAAGGCAGACUUAUAGUUUCAUUUUAAAAGCAGAAUAGAUUAACUUAAAAUUUUAACUUGCUUCACUGUCAUUAACCCCCAAUUGGAAGAUUAUCUCCAUAUUCUGCAGUAUCUGUGUCCAUCCAAAGGAAUUCCAGCAGGCCUGUGACGAAGUAUAGCAACCUAUCUCCCUUGCCAUGGGGACAUCACCUGGUCUCUGUGCUUCAGCCAAAGAGCCAGAGAAUAGAGAACUGUGGUUCAAUGUACUCUGCACAAUACCUGCUUUGGCCAUUGCACGGUUAGAAUAAAUCUCUUUUCAUCCACUCCGGACCCAGUAGAAAUGUUUUGUUUUAAGGAUCCUAUUAAUUUCAAUCCUUCAUUAAUAUUUUGUCCCAAUCAUUUCCCCGAUCUUUCCAUCUUGAGCCAGAACAACGAGAAAUUAAAGCACUUGGGGGUGGGGGGGAGAUACUAAAUUUUUAUAUGAAAGAUAAAAUUCAACGUAAACAUGCACAAAUGAUUAAUGGAGGGGAGGGCACAAUUCUUUAUUUUUCAUAUGCUGAUUAUUGUAAAUACCUUCUUAUCCCUCUGUCAAGACCAUACAGUAGUGCUUAUUCCAGGUAGCACGUGUCAGGCUACUGUAUGUGUUAGACAUGUUUGUUUGUGUGUAUGUAUACUUAAUGUAUUGUUCAACUGUUGUAUAAAAUAAAAAAAACAAUUUAUUUCAUUAUUA